AUGUUAUCAUCGUUCUCAAGAUUCAUUACUUAUCCUCGAUUAUCACUGUCUCUGGUAAAACAACAACAUUUAUUUGCAUCAUCGAAAGCUGAUUCCACUUCACCAAAGACAGGCGAUACACAUCAAUUUGGCAAAAAGGAUAUAUAUAAGCCAACAAUUGAUGCUUCCCAUCAAUCGGGUACAAAAAGUAAACAAGAACGUGUUGCAUGGGAAAAAAAAGAACAAGGUGUUUCCCCUGAUAUACAAACACGCCAAGAACGAAAAACUGCUGAUCAAAAACAGGAUAUAAAAACAAAAAAAUCGAAGAAAUAG